UUUCCCAGUAGACAGAACCAUCCCGCUUUCUGCAGGCUAAAGUGGAGCUAAGUUGAGGGAACAGGAACCUGACGCUGGUCUGAAGCUGAGAAUGAGGCUUGUCAUCUGCGUCCUGCUGUGCACUGGGGGCCUGGGGCUGUGCCUGGCUGUCCCUGAGAAGACUAUAAGAUGGUGUGUUGUGUCAGAUCAGGAGGCCAUUAAAUGCUCCAGUUUCCAGGAUAAUAUGAAAAAAGUGUUUCCUGCAGACGGUCCAACUGUUGUCUGUGUGAAGAAAGCCUCUUAUCGUGAGUGCAUCAGAGACAUUUCGGCAAACAAACUGGAUGCUGUAACCAUUGAUGGAGCUUUAAUGUUUGAGGACAGCCUGCCCCUCUACAAACUGAAACCCAUCGUGGCAGAAUCCUAUGGGUCAAAAGAUGAUCCACAAACCCAUUAUUAUGUCGUGGCUGUGGUAAAGAAGGGCACAGUCUUCCAGCUGAACCAGCUCCGAGGCAAGAAGUCCUGCCACACGGGCCUGGGCUGGUCUGCUGGCUGGUACAUUCCCCUCAGCAUACUGCUUCCCUCUGGCUCUCUGGAAACAGCAGCAGCCACAUUCUUCUCCAGCAGCUGUGUCCCCUGUGCGGAUGAGAAGAAGUUCCCCAGCCUAUGCCAACUGUGUGCGGGGAAAGGGACAGACAAGUGUGCCUGCUCCUCCCGUGAACCAUACUUCGGCUACUCAGGAGCCUUCAAGUGUCUGCAGGACGGUGUGGGGGAUGUGAGCUUCGUGAGGCAUUUGACAGUGUUUGAGGUCCUGUCACAGAAGGCUGACAGGGACCAGUUUGAGCUGCUCUGCCCGGACAACACCCGCAAACCAGUGGAUGCCUAUGAGCAGUGCUACCUGGCCCGGGUCCCUUCUCACGCUGUCAUGGCUCGAAGUGUGGACGGCAAGGAGGACUUGAUCUGGGAGAUUCUCAGAGUGGCCCAGGAAAACUUUGGAAAAGAUAAGUCGUCUGCAUUUCAGCUCUUUGGCUCCCCUCAUGGGAAAGACCUGCUGUUUACUGAUGCCACCCAUGGAUUUUUGAGGGUCCCCCGUAAGAUGGACCUCAUACAGUACCUGGGAUAUGAGUAUUAUUCUACCAUUCAGCAUCUAAAGACAGGUUUGGAAGAUUCCCAGAAAGUGCAAUGGUGCACAGUAGGUCAACAAGAGAGGGCCAAGUGUGACCAGUGGAGUGCUGUGAGUGGUGGUGCCAUGGCCUGCACCACAGAGGAGACCCCUGAGGACUGCAUUGCUGCCAUCAUGAAAGGAGAAGCUGAUGCCACAAACUUGGACGGAGGUCAAGUCUACAUAGCCGGCCAGUGUGGUCUGGUGCCCAUCUUGGGAGAGAACUACUUGCCUACACAUGGCAGUGGGCGGCUGGGCUCUAAGUGUGUGAAUGCACCCUUGGAAGGUUAUUAUGUGGUGGCCGUGGUUAAGAAGUCAGAUGCUGAUAUCACCUGGAAGUCUCUGAGAAGCAAGAAGUCCUGCCAUACUGCAGUUGGUACUUCUGCAGGCUGGAACAUCCCCAUGGGUUUAAUAUACAACCAAACUGGGUCCUGUAAAUUCGAUGAGUUCUUCAGUCACAGCUGUGCCCCCGGGUCUAAUCCGGAUUCCCGUCUCUGUGCUCUGUGUGGUGGUAGUGACAAUCCAGCCCACAUGUGUGCUCCCAACAGCCACGAGAGAUACUAUGGCUCUAGCGGGGCUCUCAGGUGUCUAGUUGAGAAGGGAGAUGUGGCCUUCAUGAAGCACCCCACGGUUCUACAGAACACUGAUGGAAAGAACCCUGAGGUGUGGGCUAAGGGUCUGAAACAAGAAGACUUUCAGUUGCUGUGCCUUGAUGGCACCAGGAAGCCUGUGACCGAGGCUCAGAGCUGCCACCUGGCCAGAGUGCCAAAUCGUGCCGUGGUCUCAAGAAAAGAUAAGGCAGAUUUUGUUCGCAGAGUACUCUUCAACCAACAGGAGCUCUUUGGAAGAAAUGGGUUUGAAUAUAUGAUGUUCCAGUUGUUUGAAUCCUCAACCAAGGACCUGCUGUUCAGUGAUGACACAGAAUGUUUGUCUAACCUUCAGAAUAAAACAACGUAUGAAAAAUACCUUGGGCCACAGUAUCUUACAGUGAUGGCUAGCUUUAGACAGUGCUUAUCCUCUGAGCUGCUGGAUGUCUGCACAUUCCACAGGCAUUAAGCACCAAUCAGCCUGGACAACCACACAGAUCUCACGAGCCCCAACUAUGGUGGGCUGAUGAUCAUUUGUCUUCAUUCGGACUUGCGCUAACAACAAUUAUCUUUUAAAUUCUGUGUUGUAACUGAAGCAAGAAAUAAAAUGAGUAUAACUGUC